AUGUCUCUCACUGGGGGCUCAGCGCCGCUGACGGAUGAAGAAAGAGAGCAGCUGCGGCAGCGGCUGCUGCAGCGCCGGCAGGAGCUGCAACAGCAGCAGCAGAUGCUGCGGCAGCUGCAAGGCAAGGCCUCUGAUGCUGCUAAGGAUAGUGUGUUUGCUCCUGGAGCCUCUGCUGGGGGCGCUCCUGCAGGAGAGGAGGCAGACGUGGGGAAGAGCGUUGCAUCCCUUGUGAGCGAAGUUAUUUCCUCGGUGAACUCGAUGCAAGCUGUGAGACCCCCCGAUGCAACGACUACCGGGGGAAAGAAGGACAGCCAAGCACCCCCUGCUGCAUCGGCACAAGUUCUCUCGCCGACCCCCUUUUCUCGGCUUGGAGCUGCUCAGGAGCAGCGUGCUUUAGGCUUCAAAGUCGCGAAGGUGGACACCGCGGAAGCCUCAGUCCUGAUUCAGCCGAAGUCCGUAGCUACUUUUGAUCGCGGAGUGCAAGCCACCAUCGACAGUCCAAUCGAACCCUCUGGAGGGAGCUCAGACAGAGACGUGGAGGGCACCUUAGCUGCUGCAAAUACACUGAAAAAGGCCUUAUCGAUCAAGACUACAAGCCCCUUGCUCCCCGCAACCGAAGUAGGAGGCACACCGAGGGCCGCGGAGGCGCGGGCAGAGUCGGCCCCCAAGACAUUCCAUCAAGUGCCGGAGGCCGAGAGAAAGCGCGUUAUGGCUACUCCCGAGUUUAAGGAUUUCUUUGUGUCUUCUACGAAGCUCGUUGAGCGGCUGCUGGGGGAGGCAGAGGUAUACAAUGCCUUCGCGGAUUAUUCAGGGGCCGAUUCGGGGCCUCAAGAAGGGUCUGAGGAGCUCGUCACCUUCGUGGACGUGUACAAAGAUACACGCUACGCUCCACAUCGCCCAGUUACCGACGUGAGGGCCUCUCCAGCCUUCAACGAACUCUUCCUUGCAGCCUACGGACCUCCUAGUUCGAAAUACGCAACUGCAGGGGAUGUGGAGGGCUGUGUCCUCGUCUGGAGUCUGGCGCUCAAGCAGCGGCCAGAGUAUGUCUUCACCUGUCAGUCGGCCGUGUGCAGUGCCCUCUUCAACAAGUUUCAGCCGUACGUCAUUGUGGGGGGAACAUACGGCGGAAGCAUCGUGAUUUGGGAUUCGCGAGUGCAGUCUAAACCCGUACAGAGGACGCCGCUCUCAUCAAAGGGUCAUUCUAGUCCAAUUUACGCAUUGGAGAUGGUCGGCACGAAGAACGCUCACAACUUGGUGUCUGUUGACACAGACGGCCGGCUGUGUCAGUGGUCUCUCGAGAUGAUGGGACAGCCCUCGGAGACUCUCGACUUGAAGCGUGGCAGCCGCGAUGUCUGUGUGGAAUGCGUAAGCUUCGCCGAAGCGGAAGUCAACGACCUCUGUCUCGGUUCGGAGGACGGCUGCAUCAUGACCGCUAAUAUCCACGGAAACAAGGCAGGAGUGAUGGACGUAUAUGAAGCUCAUGGUGGCGCACUCACUUCCCUUCACUUCCACCCGGGGCCGUCGGAAGGCUCUAGAGAUUACUCACAUUUGCUGCUCUCCUCUUCUGUUGACUGGUCGAUAAAGCUGUGGAGCAGUAAAAAUCUAAAGGACCCCAUUGCGACGUUUGAGGGGGCAGACGCCUACAUAUACGAUGUCAAGUGGCAUCCAACAAGCCCUGCGAUUUUUGCAAGUACCAGUGGGAACGGCACAUUGGAGCUCUGGAAUCUCGCGAACGACUGGGUGGUUCCAGUCUUCAGCAGCCCCAAGCCUGAUGCCCCCGUGGGAGCACACUUGGCGAAAAGCAAGGUAGCCUGGUCUUCAGAUGGCCGGCGUCUCACCACUGGUGACGCGAUGGGCAACCUUGAAAUCUGGAAUGUUUCAUCUCAGAUUUACCAGCCGCGAGCAGAGGACUCCGCAAAACUCGAUAGGCACAUAGAAGGGGCGAAACCGGUGUUGAAGGAAAGCGGCUCUGGAGAGAAUAGCCAACUCGAGUUUGGCGGCGAAUAG